CAAGGGCUGCAAAGGCUGGAAAAACGUGCGUCUCAGAAGCAAAGGGUGGGGAGACGCCAUUUACAAAGCCGGAAAUGAUUAAAAUCUCAGGAUUGAGACCAUUCCCAGUCACCAAGGGUUUGCCAAUAGCACAGUUCCUGCUUCUGGUGUCUACUCUGAAGAGCAAGACCAUAGAGUGGACGCUUGUCUACUAUUCCACUAGAAGUAGGAUCUCUCCAACUACUGGCGGGCAAAGGAGGAGAGUGAGUCUCUGCAGGGGCGGGUACCAGGCAACCGCGUCAAUUUGAGAGGUCAGCGGCCAGCCCAACUCAAUGGCCUAGGCUCGCUAGGACAGGCGCGGGCCCUGCCGGCCUCCGUCCUCUUCCGCUUGCUCCAGGUGCACCGCGGAUCCAUCCGCCGCAGCGAGCGCUCACCGUAGAGCGGCGAUCGGCUUUUCGGCAAUACCCGGAUGGAAGUGUAAUGGCCGCCGUCAGGGACUCACAGGCAAUGGGGACCACGACAGGUAUUCCCUGUGAGCGGGGCUGCCCAGACUUGUUAGGAUGCCUGGACUUCUAGAGGGCCAGCUAGGGGGCAAAGGGCGAGUUUGUGGGGCGUCAGGGUUCCCCCCCGAACCGGCUCAGGGAUCCGCCUCUUGAGCUGGGAAGCUCUUGUUAAAUAGUCCCGGCCAUUCAGUGCUUUUGCCUAACUUGCUGCAAAGUUUUUCUAGAUAUCAUCUCUUUUGAUCACUGUUCCUGAUUGUGGCUUUGUGCAAGCAUUAAAUUGUGUGCCUUUUGUUCCUUGAAAAAAGAGCAGGUGCUAGCAACCCCCAACAAGGGUUGGCUUCUGGACCCAGAUCAAAGCUCUGGAUUCAUCAUCUUCCCCCAUACCUCAGCUGGAGACUUCUGUUACCCUAGGGGACUAUACAGAAUCAUCUUCUCAAGCCUUUGCUUUCUUUACCAAGAUGAGGAAGCUGAGGUGCACAGAAGUUGAAGCUUGUCCAGUGCCACAGAGCAAAGCUGGAAGUAAAGCUUGUAUUCCCUGACUUCUGUGUUAGAGAUAUUUCUACUUCAGACUUUUGCUUCUUGGUGAGUUAAUGUGGGGAAAAUCCUGGUAUUUCGAAGAUGUUUCAGCACAGUAUUGUUUCCUGUUUAAAUUUCCAGUAAUUGCAAGAAUUUUCAGAAAAAAAGAAAUCGGAAUUUUUGGUUAAAUCAUGCCAUCUGAACAGAAACAGUUAUUUUUUGAUGAAAAACAAGCUACUUUAAGAAAAGAUUAUGAUAUGAAAAGUGAUGUAGUUGAUACUAUCAGAUCAGUAGUUGAACCCAAAAUUUCAGAAAGUGAUUUUCAUUAUAAACUGAAAAAUGUGAAAAUUGAUUUGCCGAAGAUAAAUAUUCCAAAUGAAGUCCUAUUGAAACAUGAAGUUGACAAAUACAGAAAAUUAUUUCAGCAUAAACCACAGACUGCACGGAAAUCUGUCGGUAUAAAGGCUGUAAGCUGUGUAGGGGAGCGUGUGUUGUUCCGUAAGUCUGAGAAGGUUGAAGAAGAGGGUAUAAAAAUGUCUGCAAAAAUACUCAGUUUCAGCUGUUUAAAAUGCCGAGAUAGUACUCGAUAUAGCCCAAAUGAUUUGCAGAAACACUUUCAAAUGUGGCACCAUGGCGAGUUACCUUCAUAUCCUUGUGAAAUGUGCAGUUUUUCAGCAAAUGACUUCCAGGCAUUUAAACAACACAGACGAACCCAUAGAAGCACUUUAGUAAAAUGUGACAUUUGUAACAAUGAGAAUGUAUAUACUUUAUUAGACUUGACAAAACAUUUUGUAUCCACACAUUGUGUAAAUGGUAGUUUUCAGUGUGAAAAGUGCAAAUUUUCCACCCUGGAUGUUGGCACAUUUGUUCAGCACAUUCAUAGACACAAUGAAAUUCAUUAUAAAAGUGAUAAAUACCAUCAUAUAUACUUUACUAGAGGAGAGAUUCAGAAGCACCUUCAUGUUCAUUCUGUUAAAUUUCCCUUCACUUGUCAAUAUUGUAACUAUGGUGCCUCAAGGAGGGAGCACCUUGUAAGACAUGUUCUAACGUUACACAAAGAACAUUUAUAUGCAAAAGAAAAAUUAGAAAAAGACAAAUAUGAAAAAAAGAUGGCAAAGACUUCAGUAGGACUUAAGCUAAUACUGAAAAGGUACAAAAUAGGUGCAUCAAGGAAGACAUUCUGGAAACGCAAGAAAAUCCACAGUGGAAGUGACCAAAUUCUAGAAAAAAACACUGAAGUAGUUAAAAAAGUGAACAAAACACAGGCUAAAUCUGAAGGCCAGAGUCAUCUUAUUCAAGACCAUUUAAAUGAAAAGGAUGAACGACUACACUGUGAAAGCAAUGACAAACCUGGUGAGUCAGAGUCAGAAAAGCCAACUAUUCUGUCCACUGGACAGCAUAAUAGAGCUGAAGAGCUGUCAAAUUCUACUUCAGGUUUCUUGAAGACUGCUGUACAAGGACCUACAGUGUUAAUGGUGAAAAACAACAGAAUAACAGUUCCAGCUAACUAUAGUGCUAAGUUUAUGGGUUUCAAGAUGGUGGAUGGAAAACAACAUAUUGUAAUAAAAUUGUUGCCUACCAAUAAAGAGAAUUUAUAUUCAUCAGGCUCACAGUCAGAUGGUGCAAAGGACAGUACUGCUAAUUUGAAGCUACAGACUUUGGACACCACUGGAUUUCUAACAAGAGGAACAACUGACUUAAGUGACACAGUUUACAUGAAAGCAACUACAUUUUCAUGUUCGCCUCCUAUACUUCCAGGGAAAGUAACUUCAGAAAAAGAAAUGGCUUUACUAUCUCAGACGAGUAAUACCCUUCAAACUGGGGAUGAUGAAAAAAGUGUAUCUUCUUUUCCAACAUCAUCAGAAUUAAUUACAUCAUCAGUGAAUUUUACCACAAAAGUUGAAACAAGAGAUAAUGUUGACUUACUAGGAAGUCAUAUUACUCAUAGUUACCCUGAGGUAUCAGGUACUGCCAUGAAAAGUCCAGAUAAAAUCAACUCUGCUACCAAAUCAAAUGCAUACAAUAGCGGAGAUAUGCAUAACUACUGCAUUAAUUAUGUCAAUUCUGAAUCACCUGUUGAAUCUUCCAAACAAGGAUCAUUACCUUUUCAUAAUUACUCAAAAGUGAAUAAUUCUAAUAAACGUUGGAGGUCUUCAGGAACAGCAACAUGUGAAAGCCCUCAAAGAGAAUCUUCAUCAAGUAAGACAGUUGUUCAACAACCAAUAAGUGCAUCAGUCUUAUCACUAGUGAGAAAGGAGAGCUCAAACCCAGAUAGCAUGUUAGCAUCUAUUAGCCUUUUAAAUGCUAAAGAUGAAACUUUAAAAGCUCAAGUUGAUAUAGAAGAACAGUCUGUUUUAGAAGAAGGACAAAACAUUGAUGGCCAGAAUCUAUACAUUAAUGAAAACCAAAAUUUAGAGAGCAUGACCGAAAAAUCUAAAUGGGAUGACAUUUCCAGUGUUGAGUCACCUUUGAUGCCUAGGAUCACAUCUGUGUUCUCUCUGCAGAGCAAACAGGCAUCAGAAUUUUUGCCACCUGAAAUAAACCAGUUACUUCAAGAUGUAUUAAAAACAAAACCUGAUGUAAAACAAGACUCUAGUAACACUCUAGAUAAAGGCCUGUCAGGUCACUGUGACCAGUCUUUUCAGAAACAUGAGGGAGAAGGCAAAAUUAUUGAAUCUUCAAAAGACUUCAGAGUACAAGGCAUCUUUCCAAUUCCAUCUGGUAGUAUGGGUAUUAAUGUGCCUACAAAUGAUCUGAAUUUAAAAUGUAGUGGAAAAGAAACACAAAUGCUGUCAGUGUCACAAGAUGUGAAAGAUUUGGAGAAAACACCUAGAAUUUCAGGUAUUGGCACAUUACUUAAGACUCAGUCAGAUGCGAUAAUAACACAGCAACUUGUAAAAGACAAACUACGAGCCACUACGCAAAAUUUAGGUUCUUUGUAUAUGCCGAGUCCACUUGUAAAUUCAGAACCAAAAAAAGCUAUAUUUGUCCAGACUCCAAAAGGGUUUUUUGUACCAUUGCACAUUGCUAACAAGCCUGGAUUACAUGUUGUUUCAGGAAAACCACAGGUUAAUAAUAAUCAAGGAGCACCUGCUUCUCUUCUUUUAAACAAGAAACCUGGGAUGAUUUUAACAUUUAAUAAUGGAAAAUUUGAAGGUGUUAACACUGUCAAGAGUGAGAGUUCUCAAGCUUGUGGAACUACAACAAAAGAGCCUUGCAGAAUGCCUUUUUUAAAGGUAGAACCGAACAAUAAUUGUCUGACACCUGCACUUUGUUCCAGCAUUGGCAGUUGUUUGAGCAUGAAAAGUAGCUCAGAAAAUACUUUGCCAUUAAAAGGCCCUUACAUUAUUAAAACGCCAUCAAGUUCUUCAGUGAAAGCUGUUCCUACUUUUAAUAUAAUACCUGAGCAUCGGGGUGCUAAGUCGAAUGUCUUGAAUUCAGUAAAACAGCAAAGGGAGAUUUUUCCAAAACCACCUCUUUUUACCCUCUUGCCUGAUGGCAAACAAACUGUUUUUUUGAAGUGUGUGAUGCCAAAUAAAACUGAGCUGCUUAAGCCUAAAUUGGUCCAAAAUAGUACUUAUUAUAAAAAUAUACAGCCAAAGAAACCUGAGGGAACACCACAAAAAAUAUUGCUGAAAAUCUUUAACCCUGUUUUAAAUGUGACUGCUGCUAAUAAUCUGUCAGUAAGCAACUCUGCGUCCUCAUUGCAGAAAGACAAUGUGUCGUCUAAUCAGACUGCAGGAGGAGGGCAGAAAGAGCCAGAAUCAUCUAGAGAUGCCUUACCCUUCUUAGACGAUAUGAUGCCAGCAAAUGAAAUUGUGAUAACUUCUACUGCAACAUGCCCAGAAUCUUCUGAGGAACCAGUACAUAUCACUGAUGGUUCAGAGGCCAGGGUUUUGAGGUAUAAAACAAAUUGUACAAUUGAGAGAAGUUUUAAUAGAAAAAAGACUUCAAAAAAAAAUAUUUCAAGAAUAAAAGCUCAUGUAAGAAGUAGAGAUUCUGAAACUGCCAGUGUAUCUAGAAGCAGAAACUGUAAACGAAAGUGCAGGGACAGUUACCUAGAACGUCCAAGAAAAAAAGCAACAUUACAUAGAAAGUGUAAAGAAAAGGUUAAACCUGAAGAUGUCCACGAAUCAUUUGGAUUUUGCACACCUAGGCUUUCAAAAGAUUCAGUCAGAACUUUGCGACUUUUCCCCUUCAGCUCCAAACAGCUUGUGACAUGUCCCAGGAGAAAUCAACCAGUUGUGGUGUUGAAUCAUCCAGAUGCAGAUGCACCAGAAGUAGUAAAUGUAAUGAAAACAAUUUCCAAAUUUAAUGGACGUGUACUUAAGGUUUCGUUGUCAAAAAGAACUAUCAAUGCUUUACUGAAACCAGUUUGCUAUAACCCUUCUAAAACAACUUAUGGUGAUUUUUCCAAGAGGCACAAAACAUAUAAACCUGUUUGUUCUGUGAAAGAAAGAUUUGUGCUAAAAUUAACACUCAAAAAGACAAGCAAAAACAAUUACCAGAUUGUGAAAACUACCUCCGAAAAUGUUCUGAAGGCUAAAUUUAACUGUUGGUUUUGUGGUAGAGUAUUUGACAAUCAGGAUGCUUGGGCUGGUCAUGGGCAGAGACAUUUAAUGGAAGCUACUCGUGAUUGGAAUAUGUUAGAAUAACUUACUGUAAUUACCAAGGAAAAGGUAAAAUGAAAGGAAACAGUGGAUUUACCUUAAUACAGACAUUUUCUACUUCAGUAGAAAUUAAACAUUUAACCACUGGCUAUAUUCUUUAGAAGAGAAAAAGUUUUAUGCGUUAUGUUGGAAAAUGCUAUUACUGCCCACAUAAAUUUUGAAAGAAUUCAUCACAACACAGAUGUACCUUGAUUUGAUUUUUUAAAAAUGUGUUCUUUGGAAGUUAGGGCUAAAGUAAGUUUUGAUAAAGUUCUCCCAAUUUAGUUCUUCAGCGACUUACCGGCCGACAGCUCCAUCCAUUCCUUCUCUUUCACCAGCCUUAUGAAUCUGAUAAAUAUAGUUCCUCUGAAGAUGGAGAGCUCUUUCAUCAUGGAACUGAAUGAGUUUCACAUCAUUUGUGAGGAUAUACUAAAAGAGCUUGGGUAAAGAACUUACAUCUGCUAAAUACAGUUCUUGUGAAGGGUAUAGGUUUCUUUGAGAGUAUAUUUCAUUCACUACAGUUAAAACUCAUAAUGCUCAAAAAGUUUUGACAACUUUUUUUCUCAUAAGGUGGUGUCCCUUGUCAGAGAUUGUAACACCUUUUCACGGUGAUUUUCUAAAUGGCUAGGUCAAGCAUUGCAGUAGAUGGGCAGCCUUGAACGAAUUAAACUCUCUUGGUCUCGGAUGAAGUCCAAUGAAAGAACUUGGGACACUUCUGAAUCUAUUUACAUUUUCCAAUGUGCCCCUUGCAUAGAACUAUGCUUGUUUGAUUUAAAUUGUCCCCCAUAAACCAAAUUGCCAUUUUUUUCUUGGUUGCCAUUUCUUUAAAAAGAGUGGAACAUAGAAGCACUUCCAAGGGAAUGGCUUUUUUUUGAAAACUAAAAAUUC